AUGUCAAAAAGAAAGAACCCGUCUAGCAAGGAAGGCCAAGAAGUGGUGAAUUUAUUAACGACCAAAAACACGGCAAAUGCCACUAACGAAAGCAAUUUAAACACCAAGGAGACCAGUUCUGAAGUACAGGCCAAUGCCAAAACGAAAGAACCAAAUUCUAUGUCAGUUGAUUCGGUCAAUACCAAAAAUAAUCAACAAGGUGGAUUCACACAAGAGAGUACAAGUGAAAAAGAAUCAACAAGCAACCCUUUAACUCCGUCAAUUGUAAUAACUCAGCAAAUGAAAGACCUAGAUAUGACAAUGCAAAAAGCGACCGAAGCGGUACUAGCUGGACAAAAAGAAGAAGCUGCGUUCCUGUUUAGAAUUCAUGAACAAAUGAAAAAUUUACCUUUGAUAAAGUCCAUCAGUGAAAAACCUACUCGGCAAAAAGAAACUAUCAUUAUUGAUGAAGAUAAAUUGAAACCACCCAACAAUACGAAGAUUAAUCCGUCUAAGUCUCAUGAGGUAGUGAAAGAGGCGAGAGUAGAGAAUGGUUUCACGUUCAGAGAAGGUGCCUCAACUAAUACAGAUAGUAAUGUAGCUAAUUGGUUGGAAGCACAUAAGGAGAAUGUUGAAAAUAUUAGGCAGACUGAAUGUUGGAUGGUAGCAUUCAGAUACAAUUUGAAAAUGAGAACUUUAUUAUUCACCAAGAAAGUCACUUAUGAAGAUGGUUCAACUGGCCCUAUUGAUAUCUCAAAAGAACGAGUUAAAGUAAAAGAAAUCUGUUUUGCAAAAGCUAGAAAAUGUGAUGAACUUAGUUUCACGGACAAUCCUUAUGCCGAAGGCGGAGAAAGGUUUGAGUGGGAUCAUAACACUGGAACACAGAAAAAUCGCCAAAAUAUUUCUAGAAAUUCAUCGUACAACAGUAAUUAUAGCAACAAUAGUAGCUACAGAAAUAGCAACAAUUCAUCAAUUCAUGCAAACCAUAGAAAUUCGAAUUCAAACUAUAACAUGAAUAAUGAAAACAACAAUCAUCUCAAACAACCAAAUAUGAUGAAUAAUCAAAAGAUUCAGAUCGAAAACAAAAAGAGGAAAGGUUACACUGGAAACAACUUUGAUCCCAACUAUGUGAGGAAAGAGAAAGGAACCAAACAACCGUUAGCUAGCACUAGUAAACAGUAG